UACUGAGAAGCGUGAAGGUGAGACAGAAGAGGAGCAGAAAAAGGAAACGUUUGGAGCUCUCUUUUUUCUCUCUCCUUUCCCCCUCCCUCCCAAGAUGGCUUGAAAAAAUCAAAAGGGGAUAGUGAUGAGGAGGGGGACACACACCGAAAAGCUCGGGAGGAGGGAAAAAGUUUGGGUGAGUUGGGGUUUUUUGUUUGUGUGUUUGGUCUUUUUGUUUGGUUGGGUUUUUUUGGGUUUCUUUAAGCCUUAGAAGCCCAGAAUGACCGAAACGACGACAAACACCCGGGAAGAGCAGGCACAAGGAGAGGAACAAGCGAGAGAAAAGAGUUUUGCUGGGGAAACACAGGCCCGCCGCCCGCGGCCUCCAGCGACAGCCGCCGGGCCGCCCCUGGGAGGAGCCGCGGCCGCGGAGCGAUUCAACAGAGCCACCGCCACGGCCCUUCCCCGCCCCUCAGCCGGCCCUCGCUCCGCUCUGGGCCGGCCUCUCCUCAGGGCCCGCCCCGCCCGCGACCCUUUCCCCGCGCGGCCCGGGGCCUGCCGGGCAUGUGGCGCCUCGCGACGCCUGGACCCCGAAGCCUUGGCCGCUCGGCCACCUCCACCCCCUCCCUUCUGCCCUGCACCAGCUGAGGGGGCAUCCGUAAAUACCGUCCUGGCCUUUGCUUUUUCAGUGUCCCGCUGUGCGGUGCGGUCCAGAACCACCUGGGUGUGAAGGCAUCAGGUCCUCCUGUGGUAGUGUUACAGGAUCAUACAGUAUAUGUAUGUAGGUACAGUAUAUAUAUAUGUAGGUACAGUUACAGGAUCAUACAGGAUCAACAGUAGUGUUUUUGCGGGAAGGGAAUUUAAAGUCGUCCAGUUCCAACCCCUGUCACUGAGGUGGGCAGAGCAGCCUGUGGACCAUGUGGAGCAUUGGGGGCCUUUGCCCUUUAAAUAACCUUGCUGAA